GCCGGCCGGUGCUGUUGCUGCCGGGCGCGGGCGGGGCCUGCACGCUGCUGGCGCCGCCUGGCGCGGCAGGUGAGGGCGCGGGCGGAGGCGGCGGCGCCGCUUUGCUGGAGGGCGUCCCCGCCGGCUCGGUGGGGGCCGCGCUGCUGCUCGCGCCGCUGCCGCUGCCGGGCACGUCGUCGGCGGUGCUGUUCGGGGCACUGCGGGAAGUCGCCCGCGCCCUGUGCCCGGGCGGCAAGAUGGUCCUCGCUUGCCGCGGGGCCGCGGACGACAGGCAGCUCCGCGCGGUGCUGGGGCUGCCCGUGCUGGGGUUCAGCGUGGCCGUCCGGUGCCCCGACGCUGGCGCGGGGCUCUGGACCUACGUCUGCACCCGCCGCGGCGCCGCGGAGCCCUGCGGCGAGGAGGCCGCGCCCGCGCCGGGCGCCGUGCGGGCCGCGCUCGGCCCGGGCGCGGCGCCGGGCGAGCGGGAGGUGUCCGUCUGGACGCGAAACCCGGACGAGGCAGCGUUCGAGUACGCGGAGAUGUUCAAGGAUCGGCCGCUGCUACGGGCCCCUGGACGACCGCGGGGGCUGCUGGGGGCUGCGGGCUGCCCUGGACCGCGAGACGGUCGUGGUGGACGCGGGCAUGAACCUCGGCCUCUUCGGCAUCUACCUGCAGCAUCUGGCCCAGCCGGGGCGCGCCGUGAUCUGCCUCGCCUUCGAGCCGGCCCCCGAGUCGUACAGGAUCUCGGAGGAGGGAGAUCGGAUCGCCGUCCGGAACCUGCGCGACGCGGGCGUGCGCGUGGUGGACCACGGCGGCGGCCUGCCGCCUCGCGGCUCACGGGAGGCGGCCGGCAUCGCGCCGUCCGCGGGCAGCGGCCUCGUGGUGCACGCCUUUCAGAUGGCUCUCGGGGCCUGCGGCGGCGGCACGGAACGAUUCCGCUUCUUCUCGGGAGCUCCGCCAACUCGGCCCUCGCCCGGCACCGCCCGGAGGCGCGCUGGGCCGAAGGGGAGGUGCCCGACUGCGUCGAGCUCGAUGUCGCCUGCUGCAGGCUCUCCGAGGCGCUCCGCGCCGUCCUGCCCGCGGGGUCCUUCGGGGACGCCCUGGGGCUGUUCCUGAAGGUGGACGUGGAGGGGGCGGAGCUCGACGUGCUGCGGGGCCUCCAGGACCAGGAUCACUGGCAAAGGGUCUGCGGCCUGGCGGCGGAGGUGCAGGGCCCCGAGCGCUUAGCGGAGGCCCGGCAGCUGUGUGCGGCCGAGGGCGGCUUCCGGGAGGAGGAGCUGCUCACGCGGGGGCAGCCGCACGGCUUCGGCGCCCCAGGCGCGCCGCCCCUGGCCAUGCUCUACGCCAGCCGCCGCAGCAGCUGAGGCGGGGCGGUCCGGCCUGCGCCGCCCCCAGGGGCCUCCGUUGGGGUGGCGGGGCGCGCGUUGGCCAGCUGCGCGUCGGUGCGAUCGAGAUGGCCCGGGCCCCGGCCCCGAGGUGCGUGCGCGUUCGGGUCGUGCCGAGCGGGCGCCUGGCGCCAGGGUCGGGCCCCGGGGGGGCAGGUCCUCCUCCGUCGACGCAGGGCCGCCUGGCCCCGCGGCCUGCUCGGGAGCGAAAAUGGAAGAG